ACUGAGAACUCUAAAGUUGACGACAACCUCAUUCCAGCUCAUCCUCAGAGUUCUUGGGAAAUAUGGCGGUUGAAAGGUUCGGAAUUGCCAAAGAUGUCACCGAAUUGAUUGGUAAAACUCCAUUAGUAUAUCUGAAUAGGAUUGUGGAUGGUUGUGUUGCUCGUGUUGCUGCCAAGCUUGAGCUGAUGGAACCAUGUUCUAGUGUCAAGGACAGGAUUGGUUAUAGUAUGAUUGCAGAUGCAGAGGAAAAGGGCCUUAUCACCCCUGGCCAGAGUGUCCUCAUUGAACCCACAAGCGGAAACACGGGGAUAGGAUUAGCAUUUAUGGCUGCAGCCAAGGGUUACAGGCUUAUAAUCACAAUGCCUGCUUCCAUGAGUCUUGAAAGAAGAAUAAUUCUCAAAGCUUUUGGAGCUGAGUUGGUUCUUACCGAUCCAGCUAAGGGAAUGAAGGGUGCUGUGCAGAAGGCAGAGGAGAUUUUGGCUGAGACACCUGAUGCAUACAUGCUCCAGCAGUUUGAAAACUCUGCCAAUCCAAAGAUACAUUAUGAGACUACUGGACCAGAGAUAUGGAAAGGCACAGAAGGCAAAAUUGAUGCAUUCAUUUCUGGGAUAGGUACUGGAGGUACCAUAACAGGUGCAGGAAAAUAUUUUAAAGAGCAGAACCCCAAUAUAAAGCUAUAUGGAGUGGAACCAGUUGAAAGUCCUGUUCUUUCUGGAGGAAAGCCUGGUCCACAUAAGAUCCAAGGAAUAGGUGCUGGUUUUAUCCCUGGUGUUUUGGAAGUUGGUCUCAUUGAUGAAGUUGUUCAGAUAUCAAGUGAUGAAGCAAUUGAAACUGCAAAGCUUCUUGCACUGAAGGAAGGCUUACUUGUGGGAAUAUCAUCUGGUGCUGCAGCAGCUGCUGCAAUUAAAAUUGCUAAGAGACCCGAGAAUGCUGGAAAACUCAUUGUCGUGAUUUUUCCAAGCUUUGGAGAAAGGUAUCUAUCAUCUGUGCUCUUUGAAUCGGUCAGAAAAGAGGCCGAGAACAUGAGCUUUGAGCCUUGAGCUUCACUUCCUUGCAUCUACUAGGUGAAUAGAUAUAUAGAUAUGAGAAUGAAUAAAAUUAUUUUGAGUUUGUGUGAUCUCUAUAGCUAAAGAUUAGAAUUAUUGAAAUACUAUACUGGAAUCAAGCUUUUACAUAUUUAUCUAUUGCUACCUUUGCCUGCUGAUAUGUGCAAGUUUAUCCCUCUAAUUUUUUUUCUUAAUUUGAUUUUGUGAAAAAAAAAAGAGUACAAAUAAAGAUAUGAAUUUUAU